CAAAACCCAGACCCCCAGGUCCCGGCCAAUGGAGGCCAUUUAGACUGGAGUGGGACCGCGUCUGUCAAAAGCUCGACUCGGCAGCAGCGGUGGAGUCCAGACGGAGAGCUGGAGCCGUCGCUCUGCCUCCCCGCCCCCGCCGGGAUUUAUUGAGUAUUUGGACUGGACAAUUAAGUGGCCCUGAUGAUGUUACCAAGCCCGGUCACCUCCACCCCUUUCUCAGUCAAAGACAUUUUGAAUCUGGAGCAGCAGCAGCACUUCCACGGCGCGCACUUGCAGGCGGACUUGGAGCACCAUUUCCACGCGGCGCCCUGCAUGCUUGCCGCAGCCGAGGGCACCCAAUUUUCUGACGGAGGGGAGGAGGACGAGGAAGAAGAGGGAGAGAAACUGUCCUAUCUGAAAUCUCUAGCCGCAGCCGACGGCCGCGGGGAUUCGGGGAUCUGUCCCCAGAGCUAUGUCCACACGGUCCUUCGAGACUCGUGCAGCGGGCCCAAGGAACGUGAAGAGGAGCCCGAGGUCGUGAGGGACCGGAGCCAAAAAAGCUGCCCGCUGAAGAAGCCUCUAGAGGCGGCCGGAGACUGCAAGGCUGCUGAGGAGAGCGAGAGGCCGAAGCCGCGCAGCCGCCGGAAGCCCCGGGUCCUCUUCUCGCAAGCACAGGUCUUCGAGCUAGAACGCAGGUUCAAGCAGCAGCGGUACCUGUCGGCGCCCGAGCGCGAGCACCUCGCCAGCAGCCUGAAGCUCACGUCCACGCAGGUGAAAAUAUGGUUCCAGAAUCGCAGGUACAAGUGCAAGAGACAGCGGCAGGACAAGUCCCUGGAGCUGGGCGCGCACGCGCCGCCGCCGCCGCCGCGUCGCGUGGCUGUCCCGGUGCUGGUGCGGGAUGGCAAGCCGGCUUCCAGAUGGCAGCUCACUGGGGCCUGGGGAAGGGGGCUCAGGGACGAGGAGGAUGCCCAGGUCCGGUCGCCAGGACUGUCUCUGAGGCAGAAACGUGGGCUGGGCGCCGGGGAGGCCGAUGGCUCCGGCAGUGCGGGAGGCUGGGACUCCGGCUUCCCAGAGGAACAAGGGCUUCUCUUCCUGGCCUUCCCGCGGCCUCUGCGAAGCGUUAGCGGGGAACCCAAGGACCAAAAAAAGCAUGAAGGAGAGAAAAACGGGGGUGAGAAAGCUCAGACCGGUGUCUCGGCUCAGAUCCCCGGAUUGUCGGGGUACGCAGGACUGUGCAAGGAAAAGCAGCCGAGUGAGAUCGAAGGUGGGGAGGGGGGCGCUGAACAAAUCCGGGACCUGGUGGCCCACUGGAGGUGCCACCGGACCCUGCCCCACCUCGAGGGUCGCCAGGGAAGGGGAAGCCUCUCCCCCAGGCCCAGCCGUGGGCCGCGCGAAGGCGGCUCCUUCCUCGGCCGCCGCCAGCGCUUCGGUGCGCCCCGCCGCGGCCGAACUCUCCCCCGCGGCCGCCCUCCCUUCUCCCCCGGCGGCCGCGGCUUUAUGCGGCUCCUUGUCACUUGCGGAGAAUGCCUGUGCGAGGCCUGUGCUGCCACACGGCCGAUUGUGAGCGUGCCAAAGCGGGUGAAUGGGGAGGCCCGAGAGCGCCGCGCCAUUGUGGGGCCGGGCCUCGCUGAAAGGCAGCUCCGGGCCGGGAAGGUGCGGAAAGAAUGGCUUUUUAUUGGAGUCCCGAACAAAAGGUGUGGUAGGAAGGCGAGGUCCCCUGCGCGAACAAAAACCUCAGCGCGUCGGAUUGACGUCCCCCCCGAGCUCCCCGUUGCUUCUCAGAGCGGGGGCUUUGUGCAGCAGUCUGCUCAACAGAGGGACGCAGAAAUGCGCGGGGGUUUUGUUCCGCAUUUUGUGUGCGCUGGAGGAGGGGGCGGCCAAGGGGCCGGGGGCCGGGCGGGCAGCAGGGAGGGGCGCGCUGAUUAG